AUGAAGGUCCAGUCCCGCAAACAAGUUCUUUCACAUACGGAUUCACCAAUUUCGAUCCCGGUGUUGAACAUCAAUGACAUCUCAAAGGCUGUUGAUUCGUUCAGGCCUGGAACUUAUUAUGUUGAAGAUCUACCUGUGAAUCUCCCUACUUUCACCAACAAGACUACUCGUUCAUAUGGGAUUUCCACUGCUGAUGAAGAUCGAGAAAAUCGAGUCGUGAGCGAACCUCCUUAUCCUCCGCCUCCACCUCCGCAUCACACGGAGAUACGAAAACCGAUUGAGGAUUAUCGGGUGGUAUCAGGAUGGGGAACUCUGGAUUUCAACUUGCGAGCGCAUCGCUCGCCGCAGUUGCAUCAUGAGACGCAUUUUGCCAAGCUGCACCAAAGGAAUUCGCCAACACAGCGGCUACUGUACGACUCGAGCUCUCUGUUCUAUCCUAUGAGUCUCGAUCAAGUUAACCACCAGAAAUCCCGCGUCCACUCCAGCUUUCCAGAGAAUCGAGAUAGAGAUAACCAGCUAAGCGAGUACAGAGACUCUUUGUUCUCGGUAUCUGGCCAGUGGGAGAACGGAUCCUCAAGCAGUUCGGUUUAUGACGAUGACGACGACGGCACUAAUCCCGGGUUGGAUCGCGAGAAAGAUCCAACCAAAAGAAUGGAGUUUGCUCAUUUCCAACAAUUCACAAACUCUUACUCGACUACACCAUCUAGAGAGGCUUUUGCCGAAAAGUAUGAGCCACGCGUGGAUGUUUUUUCCAAGGGCUACAAGACAACGGCUAUAGCUGAGCCCACAAGUCUCCCGAAAGUGCGGACUCGCGAGGCUAUGGUUGAGGGUGCACGGAACAGUGUUCACAUUGGUUCGAGACAAAAAUCGGAAACAUUGGUAACCCAACCCCAUCCGUUGCAAAGCCUGUGUCCAACCAGCACAGCCCAUAACCACCGCCAAAGGAGACAACUGCAGCUGCAGCAAAAACAACCUAAACAACGCUUUUCCUCCACUGGAGCUGCUACCGCUGUGAAGCCUGGUGCGUCUGAUUUUUGCUUGGACAGCCCUUUCUUUUACAAUGAGAGUCGAUUCCCACGCGUUGCGUCGACUCCAAUAAAUUGGAAACAUUUCACGAUUGCCGAAACUGAUCACUUAACACAGAACGAAGCGAAGGAGAAAGUGGAGGCGGACGAGGAAGCAAAGAAGCGCAAGAAGAAGAAGAAGAAGAAUCGAAUGAGCUCGUUUAUUGGACAGUUGAGGACAAAGGAAAAGAAAUUAGAAUCCUGA